AUGAAUACUUUCUUAUUAUUCUUCUCGUUGACAUCUAUGGUGCCUGCUGGAUCACUUCAGGAAAAAUAUUCCUUGUUUAUUUAUCCUAUAGCCUGUGUUCUCUAUAUUUAGGUUUUCAGUUUGUAUGUAAUUAACCAAGAUUUAUGUAGAUCUAGUUAACAAAAUUCCUUGCAUUGAAACAGGGCCAUAAGGUCUUAAGAGACUUCAACAUUGUAGAAGCAGCCAAUGGAACUGGCAAGGAUAUUACGUUGAAUUUCACUGCCCUAGUAGUAGACAGUACUCUGGAGAUCCAUUUCAUGUGGUCUGGCAAAGGGACAAAUGCUAUUCCUGCAAGAGGUGUAUAUGGGCCUCUCAUAUCAGCAAUUUCGGUAACACCAAGUAUGUUUGUAGGGAUAUUUUCUGUGCUUCCUUCUAUACCAUGUGAUUGGUUGAUUCUAAUUUAUUUUUUUUGUUAUGUAGAUUUCACACCUCGUAUUUUCAAGGACAAUAAGUUAUCAGUUGCAGCCAUCGUCGGAAUAGUUGUUGCUUCAACUGUGUUUGUGAUGCUCCUGAUUUUGGGUCUUAUAUGGUUUUGGCUGAGAAGGAAAGCCAUUGAGAACAAUGGUGAGAUAUCAAUGACAUAUGCUAUGUACUUACUCAAAAAUAGUGUAGCGCAUAAAUCCUUCUAUUUGUCAAAAACACAACCAAAUAUACCCAUGAUUUUGCACUCUUGCUAUGUGCGUGUCUUAUGCUUUAAGUAUCUUCAACUGCAUAUAUUAUGCAUUUCCUGAUAAAUAUGUGCACUGGAGGAAUCUUUAUGUCUGAGAAGAAAACAAAGCCAUAUUUGCACCUACUAUUCUGUUAGGAACAUCAAAAAUAAACUAGCCUAGGUUUCUAUAAUUUCGUCGUUCCUUUGUAUACCUUCCAGUGUUAGCAAGUGUACCUGACUAAGAAACUUAAGAGUUCUGAUUUCGUAACCUUUAUAACUGCAGAGAGCAAACAAUCAAACUAAUCGGCAGCUAUUCAUCAUGGUUGUUUAGUGCACCUUCCUCACUGUACUGAUCACUGUGUGGCUUUUUCUUAUGUUUUCCCUUUAUCAGAGCUCAGAGGUCUGAAUUUGCCAACUGGCUCUUUCAGUUUGAAGCAAAUUAAAGCUGCCACGGGAAACUUCGACCCUGAAAACAAGAUUGGCGAAGGUGGAUUUGGUCCGGUUUACAAGGUCAACCAUGUGGCCAUCGUUUCACUUGGUUUUGCUUUCUGUCCAAAACCCAGUCCUCGUCUAAGUUUGAGGGCCUAAUAAUACACACACGUUGAAAAUUUUCAGGGGGUUCUUCCGGACGGCUCUAUGAUUGCCGUGAAGCAGCUUUCGUCCAAGUCAAAGCAAGGAAAUCGGGAGUUUGUGACUGAGAUAGGCAUGAUAUCAGCCCUACAGCAUCCAAACCUCGUAAAACUUUUUGGGUGCUGCAUUGAAGGAAAUCAGUUGCUGCUAAUAUACGAAUACAUGGAGAAUAACAGCCUUGCCCGAGCCCUAUUUGGUAACCAUCUUAUGAUUUCGCGUUCCUAGUACUUUGGGGCCGCUACUUUCUGGGAUUUUAUUGGUUAUAUUUAUUGCAUGGAUUGACUUGCAGUAAGGCGUGAAUGUAACAGUCACGAUGUUGAUAGGUCCCGAAGGGUUAAGGUUGAAUCUGGAUUGGCAAACGAGGCGUAAAAUUUGUAUUGGAAUAGCAAGGGGCUUGGCCUACCUUCACGAAGAGUCGAGGCUAAAGAUAGUUCAUAGAGACAUCAAAACGACGAAUGUUCUUCUUGACAAAGAUCUGAACGCGAAGAUAUCAGACUUCGGGCUGGCGAAACUCGACGAAGAGGAGAAUACCCAUAUCAGCACCCGGAUAGCAGGAACCAUGUGAGUGAGCAAAAUCUCUAUCCAAAAUAAUAUAUUUUACAUCUUUUUUUGAGUUGAAUAAUUUGAGUUGAAGCUCUUUUUACAUUUUGAACUGUUGACUGUAGUGUCCCAUAAUUUUAGUAAUUUCUUUUUAAUGAUAUUAAUCAUUCUUUGUGGCUAGGAUCAGUGCCUAGCUUUUUUGUUGGACUGAUGAUCGUCAUGUGGAUGAGUUAGAUACAGGAAGGCAUCACUUCUUUUUACCGACAGAAUGAACCUGAUCCUGUCUUUGAAAGCCAUUUCUUGAUUAAGGCUUUGUUUAAGUCGUCAACGUUUGGUACUCUGACAUAUCAUUGACUUCUUUCUUCUACAGCCGCGAUCCCAUCUCAGCAAGUGCUAUCUGUUGUUAAAAGAUACUGAUAUAAAAUAUUCUCUAAUGGAUGACUUUUUUCAAUAUAAUGAUAAAAUGAUAGGCUUCUAGACUAUUAGAUCAGAUUCAUUUUAAUAGAACUUGUCUUUACCCUAUAAGGAAGUUUCUUCUUUUGAGAAUCGACACUUGAUUCAGUAUGGGGUAUUCUCUGACUAUGUAUGUCAAACAUAUCACGCUUGCUUAGCUGAGACCGGUGUCAAAAGCAGUCAUUUUUUUUAUUCCAUUUGAAAAUUAUAUUCAUUCAACAGCUCCUUUGGCUGUGGAAUUUCUCCAUUAGACGGUCAUAUGUAAACCCCUCCUGGCAUUUUCUUCGAUUUCCCCAUGGUUUGACGCCAAUUACACCUGUGAUGGAUAUCUUUACCGAAUUUCCAGUAUCGUUUUGCCUAAUGAUGCCUUUUUCUAAUCUCCUUGGGUGUUGCUUUAAAGUGAGCCUGGGAGAAGUCGUUAAAGGACUACACACAAGGAUCUCCUGCUCUUGAGACUUUUACCUAGGGCCAUUGUUUUACUCCUUAAAGCUCAGAAAGUCUCUCUCUGUCCAUCCCUUCUCCAUUGUCUUCCUCCUGCCAGCUAUCACUUAAACUCGGGUCCAUAUCUCCAUCACCCCUCUAACCUUCUUUCAUUGUAAGCUCGUGUAAAUCAAAUGGUUGCUACUCAGCAUCUACUUCUGUCCAUUAUUAUUUAGUCCGCUGUUGAAGGUAAGCCAGUUAGAUCAAAGGGACCAAAUCACUAAAGACUGAUUUACGUAUAUUUUACAUAAAUAUGUGCAUCCAGAGACUGAUCACGACUAUAAUCGAAAGAGAAUGAAAGCAGUAAAUUUUCACGGAGUGUUUGAAUGCAGAUGAAUCUGAUCUAAUAUCAAUAAACUGAUGCCAUUGGUAACUUGAGGGACCAAGAUGGUCGACUGCCCAUUUCCAUUUUUUUGUGAGAUCUGGAUUCUUUGUAAGUCCGUCUGUUAGCCAUUCAAGACCUGUGAAGAUUCUGAGGCCCCAAAGCAGACGUGUACAGCGGCAAUCUGAGAAUAAUAUCAGCAUAUUCAAUAACUCCAUCUCUGUAGCUCUUGAUGCAGAGGGAAAAGGUCAACUCGGUUUGAUGGCAUUUCCUUGUUUUCCUCCAGGGGUUAUAUGGCUCCUGAAUACGCCAUGAGGGGCUACCUGACAGACAAGGCAGAUGUCUACAGCUUUGGCGUGGUCACAUUGGAGAUUGUCAGCGGAAAGAGUAACGCCAACUGUCGCCCCAAAGAGGACUUCAUCUACCUUCUUGAUUGGGUAUGCGAUCUUCCUCCAGCUUGAACAAAUUCAGAUUAAAAGAAGAGAGAAGAGAAAAACCUGUGACUACUAACUAACUUACCCAUUAUAUAUACACGUCUAUCGUGAUAUAUAUAUAUAUAUAUAUAUAGAUAUAUAUAUAUAUAUAUUUCAUGCUAAUCUUGUUUGUAUAUUUUUUCUCAGGCCUAUGUGCUCCAGGAGCAGGGCUCCCUCCUCGAUCUGGUUGACCCCGCCCUGGGCACCGACUUCUCCUUGGAGGAAGCGCAGCAGAUGCUGAACCUUGCCCUCGUGUGCACCAAUCCUUCCCCAACCCUUCGGCCCGCCAUGUCCGCUGUGGUCAGCAUGCUCGAGGGCCACACGCCCGUUCAAGUCCCCACCAUGAAGAUCACCCGCACAGAGAGCAUGGAGCAGAGGUUCAGGUCCUUUGAGAAGCUCUCUCAAGAUGGUCGAAGCCAGGUAGUGUCAACGGACGGCCCGUGGGCGGAUUCCUCCUUGUCCAUGCAGAGCAGCAAAGAAGGCGACCACUCUCGCUCCACCACAAAUUAG